CAAGAGUGUCGCUGUAGUAGUAUUUGCAACGGACCAGAGUUUAAAUGAUAGGCAUGUUCAUGUAAAUGUGGUUUCUGCCCAACCCAUUUUCUCUUGGGAUUUUUUGACCAGCCUCCUGACGCCGCUUUUUCUUCAUUCCCAGACCCACUUUCUAGACGGGUCAUGAACUCUGUCCACCCAACUAGCAGUUUCCUGUCAGAGUAUCUGAGGAGCCUGGGAGGCGUUCUGGAGCUUUUAGGUCAGGCGCCUUCCGGGAGUCGUAGCCCCGGCCCCGCCCUUCGGCCCGCGCACUCCUCACUGCGCAUGUCGGGUUUUUGUUACCCUCCCCCCUUCAGCAACGGGCCGUGAGGCGGUGGCGGUGGCGGUGGCGGUGGCGGUGGCGGUGGCGGCGGCGGCGAAGGGGGCGGAGAGGAAGGAGCGCGGCGGGACCGGGCUGGGACAGCACGUACUUUGGGCCGCGGGAUUCUCUCCGUGCCGGCGGUGGUAGCAGCUGCGGCUGCAGCCAUAGCAGCAGGACUUCCUAAAAGGCAGGGACUGUGUCUUAAGUCACUUUGCAGAGCCUGGCUCAGUUCUGGCGUAUAGGAGGUCAGUCAUUGGCACCAUGAACUGGAAUAAAGGUGGUCCUGGCACUAAGCGAGGAUUUGGCUUUGGAGGUUUCGCCAUCAGUGCCGGGAAAAAGGAGGAACCCAAACUCCCACAGCAGUCCCACAGUGCCUUUGGGGCAACCAGCUCUUCUUCUGGAUUUGGAAAGUCAGCUCCACCACAGCUUCCUUCUUUCUACAAAAUUGGAUCUAAGCGGGCCAACUUUGAUGAAGAAAAUGCCUAUUUUGAAGAUGAGGAAGAAGACUCUAGCAAUGUUGAUUUACCUUACAUUCCUGCUGAAAACUCACCAACUCGCCAGCAAUUCCAUUCCAAGCCAGUAGAUUCUGACAGUGAUGAUGAUCCCUUGGAGGCAUUCAUGGCUGAAGUGGAGGAUCAGGCAGCUAGAGACAUGAAGAGGCUUGAAGAAAAGGACAAAGAAAGAAAAAACGUAAAGGGUAUUCGAGAUGACAUUGAAGAGGAAGAUGACCAAGAAGCUUAUUUUCGAUACAUGGCAGAAAACCCAACUGCUGGUAUGGUUCAGGAGGAAGAGGAAGACAAUCUAGAAUAUGAUAGUGACGGAAAUCCAAUUGCACCUACCAAAAAAAUAAUUGAUCCUCUUCCCCCCAUUGAUCAUUCAGAGAUUGACUAUCCACCAUUUGAAAAAAACUUUUACAAUGAGCAUGAAGAGAUAACCAACCUCACUCCACAGCAGUUAAUAGAUCUCCGACAUAAGCUCAAUCUUCGGGUCUCUGGUGCUGCACCUCCUAGACCAGGAAGUAGCUUUGCUCAUUUUGGGUUUGACGAACAACUUAUGCACCAGAUUCGGAAAUCUGAAUACACACAGCCCACUCCAAUACAGUGUCAGGGUGUGCCUGUGGCAUUGAGUGGUAGAGACAUGAUUGGUAUUGCCAAAACAGGUAGUGGGAAAACUGCAGCCUUCAUAUGGCCCAUGUUGAUUCAUAUAAUGGACCAGAAGGAGUUGGAACCAGGUGAUGGACCAAUUGCAGUGAUUGUGUGUCCUACCAGGGAGCUUUGCCAGCAGAUCCAUGCAGAAUGUAAGCGGUUUGGAAAAGCAUAUAAUCUUCGAUCAGUGGCCGUAUAUGGAGGAGGGAGUAUGUGGGAGCAGGCCAAGGCCCUUCAGGAGGGGGCAGAGAUUGUUGUGUGUACCCCAGGUCGACUGAUUGAUCAUGUGAAAAAGAAAGCUACCAAUCUUCAAAGAGUCUCUUACCUUGUGUUUGAUGAAGCAGAUCGAAUGUUUGACAUGGGAUUUGAGUACCAAGUUCGAUCCAUAGCAAGUCAUGUUCGUCCUGACAGGCAGACUCUCUUAUUUAGUGCAACUUUUCGGAAAAAGAUUGAAAAGUUGGCCAGAGACAUCCUGAUCGACCCUAUUCGAGUGGUGCAGGGAGAUAUUGGAGAGGCAAAUGAAGAUGUGACACAGAUUGUGGAGAUUCUCCAUUCUGGACCUAGUAAAUGGAACUGGCUUACCCGGCGUCUGGUAGAGUUUACCUCUUCAGGGAGUGUCCUCCUCUUUGUUACUAAAAAAGCCAAUGCUGAAGAGCUAGCGAAUAACCUUAAACAGGAGGGUCAUAAUCUUGGGCUGCUCCAUGGGGAUAUGGAUCAGAGUGAGAGAAACAAGGUCAUUUCAGACUUUAAGAAAAAGGACAUCCCAGUCCUGGUGGCCACAGAUGUUGCAGCCCGUGGUCUGGACAUUCCUUCAAUUAAGACUGUCAUUAACUAUGAUGUGGCACGAGACAUUGAUACUCACACACAUAGGAUUGGCCGCACGGGAAGAGCGGGUGAGAAAGGUGUGGCCUAUACCCUGCUCACUCCCAAGGACAGCAAUUUUGCUGGUGACCUGGUCCGGAACUUAGAAGGAGCCAAUCAACACGUUUCUAAGGAACUCCUAGAUCUGGCAAUGCAGAAUGCCUGGUUUCGGAAAUCUCGAUUCAAAGGAGGGAAAGGAAAAAAGCUGAACAUUGGUGGAGGAGGCCUAGGCUAUAGGGAGCGGCCUGGCCUGGGCUCUGAGAACAUGGACCGAGGAAAUAACAAUGUAAUGAGCAAUUAUGAGGCCUACAAGCCUUCCACAGGAGCUAUGGGAGAUCGACUAACGGCAAUGAAAGCAGCUUUCCAGUCACAGUACAAGAGUCACUUUGUUGCAGCCAGUUUAAGUAAUCAGAAGGCUGGAAGCUCUGCUGCUGGGGCAAGUGGGUGGACUAGCGCAGGGAGCUUGAAUUCUGUUCCAACCAACUCAGCACAACAGGGCCAUAACAGUCCUGACAGCCCUGUUGCCAGUGCCACCAAGGGCAUUCCAGGCUUUGGCAAUACUGGCAACAUCAGUGGUGCCCCUGUGACCUACCCAUCUGCUGGAGCCCAGGGAGUCAACAACACAGCUUCAGGGAAUAACAGCCGAGAAGGGACUGGGGGCGGCAACGGGAAAAGAGAGAGAUAUGAGAACCGGGGCAGCAGCCGUCACAGUCACGGAGAGACUGGCAAUCGGCAUAGCGAUAGCCCACGUCAUGGAGAUGGUGGUCGCCAUGGAGAUGGAUACCGCCACCCAGAAAGCAGCAGCCGUCACACUGAUGGCCAUCGGCAUGGAGAGAACAGACAUGGAGGAAGCGCAGGCCGGCAUGGGGAGAACCGGGGUGCAAAUGACGGUCGGAAUGGGGAAAGCAGGAAAGAAGCUUGUAAUCGUGAGAGCAAGAUGGAGCCCAAGAUGGAACCCAAAGUGGACAGUAGCAAGAUGGACAAGGUGGACAGCAAGACAGAUAAGACAGCUGAUGGCUUUGCUGUCCCAGAGCCGCCUAAACGCAAGAAAAGUCGAUGGGACAGUUAGAGGGGAUGUGCUGAAGCGUGAAAUCAGUUGUCCUUAAUUUUUAGAAAGAUUUCGGUAACUAGGUGUCUCAGGGCUGGGUUGGGGUCCAAAGUGUAAGGACCCCCUGCCCUUAGUGGAGAGCUGGAGCUUGGAGACAUUACCCCUUCAUCAGAAGGAAUUUUCGGAUGUUUUCUUGGGAAGCUGCUUUGGUCCUUGGAAGUAGAGCUGGGAAGCUUCCUUUGCCUCUAGGUGAGUUGUCAUGAGGGUAAGUUGAGGUUAUCUUGGGAUAAAGGGCCUUCUAGGGCACAAAACUCACUCUAGGUUUAUAUUAUACGUAGCUUAUAUUUUUUACUAAGGUGUCACCUUAUAAACAUCUAUAAAUCGACUUCUUUUUCUUAGUUGUAUGGCCAGGCAGUCCCCUUUUUAGGAGUUGGCUUCUGCAAACUCAAUCCAUUGAACUAACUGUUGGGGAGCAAUUUGGUAGUUGUAGACAUUUGCAGGGAAGGGAGAUGUCUGAUUCUAAAUGGGAGUUGAUGCUCAGGUCCCCAGUCAUGUUUGCGUCCAGCCCUGAGACAUGUAGGAAACACCUUCCAGACCCAGGCUCUGAAGAUUCCCAGAAGCCACAAGGAUUGAAGGGAAAAGGUGAUCCUGGUAACUGUUCUAGGAUUGCUCCAGGUCUGAGAUGGUGUUGCUAAAUUUAAAGUUAAACAAAAAACCCAACAAGAGCUUUUAAAGUGUCUUCUUCUUCUAUUUCAUUGUAUUUUUUUUAACUUGCCCCAAUGAUAGAAAAGUCUUUUGCUGAAAUGAUUUUGAUGAUUUUUGUUCUAUGUUGUUUAUAAAAGGAAAAGAAAUAUACAAACUUUGACUUUUGUGACUUUGUGAAGGUUUCUUUAAGAUGUGCAUUCCUUUCUGCUUGCUCUCUAGUAAAUGUUUUACUACUGGGA